CCUUGUGCGCUUCGUCAAAAGCUCCUCCCCUUACGUUUACAAUCUGUUUUGAGUGUGUGUGUAGGGUGUGGGGGGGGCUGUGUCUUAUAAGAGCCACCGAGCAUCUCGUGUCCAACCCAUUAUCUGAUCAGAAAAUCUGUAGGUAAGGAGAGGCUUUAACCUCCCAUCGUUCAGGGAGGAGGGCUGCAGAAACCGAGAAUCCCGGCACCGGUGGCUCCUCCUGGCUGAGAUUUACUCUGGACUCCUGAACAACAGAAAUUUAUCCCAAGAGCUCAAAACAAUGCAGCUAGAGAACAUUCUUCCCAGCGCUAGCAUCAAUCUACCCAAGACCUUUUACAAUCUGUCCUCGUCGGACAGCACCAACAACAGCCCGAGGCCGUCGUCACAGCUUGAAUACCAAGAAGUCGAGCGGACGGAAUCAGAGUCCGGCAGCGCGCCCAAGAAAUAUCUGAGCGGGGUGGGAAACGGGAUGCUGGGCGAGGCAGAGGGGGACACUUUUAAUAAGGCCGAUGGUAGGAAGGGCUCCCCAGUGCUGGGUGAGGACGAGCUUACGAGCGGGCGGCGGUACAACAUAGACGAACUCGGCUCUGACAGAUACUUCAUCUCAUCCUCCCAAACGAGCUCCGACAUGGCAAGCCCCUGUUCCCUCUUUCCCUACGCAGGACAGACGGGGUCAGUGUACACCGGGUCAAGCGGCUCCAGAUACCCGGCAUCGCUACAUUACGGAUCCGUCCUGCCGCCCACGGGCUUCUCCUCCCCGUCCGUGUGCAGCGGCCGGAGCCAGUUCGGCAGCGGAGGGUACCAGUUUAGCCAGGGCCCGGGCUGUUUGUACCCCUCCUAUCCCGGGACGGGCACGGGCAUCGGCUCCAUGUCUCUGCCGGGGUCCGCCACCGGAGCCCGGGCGCAGGUCUAUCUGUGCAACCGGCCCCUGUGGCUGAAGUUCCACCGACACCAAACCGAGAUGAUCAUCACCAAACAGGGCAGACGGAUGUUCCCAUUCCUGAGUUUUAACAUCACCGGACUCAACCUCACGGCCCAUUACAACGUGUUUGUAGAAAUAGUUUUGGCGGACCCGAAUCACUGGCGCUUUCAGGGAGGAAAAUGGGUCACCUGUGGGAAAGCAGACAAUAAUAUGCAAGGUAACAAAAUGUAUGUUCAUCCUGAGUCUCCAAACACCGGUGCUCACUGGAUGAGGCAAGAAAUAUCUUUCGGCAAGCUGAAGCUCACCAACAAUAAAGGAGCCAACAACAACAACACACAGAUGAUAGUCUUGCAGUCGCUUCAUAAAUACCAACCCCGUUUGCACAUUGUCGAGGUGACGGAAGACGGAGUUGAGGACAUGAACAAUGAGGCCAGAACUCAAACCUUCACCUUCCCAGAGAACCAGUUUAUAGCCGUCACCGCAUACCAAAACACAGAUAUUACACAGCUGAAGAUAGAUCACAACCCAUUUGCAAAAGGCUUCCGGGAUAACUAUGACUCGAUGUAUACAGCUCCGGAGAGUGACAGGCUGACUCCAUCGCCUACAGACUCCCCUCGCUCAACCCAAAUUGUGCCCGGAGCCCGCUAUGCCAUGCAGCCUUUCUUUCAGGACCAGUUUGUCAACAACCUGCCUCAGAACCGGUUCUACACCGGCGAACGGGCCGUUCCCCAGACCAACAGCCUCCUGUCCCCGCAGAGCGAGGACGCCAGCGCGGCCUCCUCUGCCCAGCGCUGGUUUGUCCCACCGGUCCAGCAGCCAGGCACCAACAAGCUCGACCUCUCGUACGAGAAUGACUAUUCCACCAGUAGCCUGCUGUCCUACGGCAUCAAGCCUCUGUCCCUGCAGACGUCCCAUGCCCUCAGCUACUACCCCGACUCGGCCUUUGCCUCCAUGGCUGCCGGUUGGGGAACCAGAAGUUCUUACCAACGCAAAAUGACCACAGGCCUGCCCUGGUCCCCUCGCCCCAGUCCCCCGGCAUUCCCGGAGGACCAGCUGGGGGCCACUAAAGAAAAGCUGCCUGAGGACAACGCGCCGCCCACCUCGACCUGGAUCGAGACAUCCCACUCUCUGAAAUCUGUGGACUCUACUGAUUCUGGUGUGUACUCCAUGGUGUGCAAGAGGCGCAGGAUGUCUCCUGGGGGCUCUAGCACAGAGAAUUCCCCCACCAUUAAGUGUGAGGACUUGACCACAGAGGAAUACAACAAGGACAACCCAAAAGGCAUGGGUUAUUAUGCAUUCUACACAAGCCCCUAAGACUGUAUUUAUUAAACUAAAUAUAAAUCUUUGGUUUAUCAUUGAGUGCUCUCCAUUCCUUGUUAAUGUCUUUUUUCUCUUUUCUCUAAAGGUGCCAAAGCUUAGUGUUCCCCCAAGCAAGCUGCACAAGGUUAUUUUCCCAGACCAACCCUGUCACAUGAGCAGAAACAUGCAUAGUAAUUGUUGUUUUUGAAAAAAAUAAAAGCAUGUUCAAUUUGACCUUUUUUUUUUUUUCAAAACAUUUUUUUUUA